GCUUCCCAUCCCUGGGCUUCUGGAAAUGUGACGUGAGUGCCCAAUAGUAAACAAAAAUAACACAAAUAAUAAUAAAAGUUUAUUAAAUUUAGAAAAUAGAAUAUUAGAAACUAUUGUUUUUAACAUGAGUAGUGAAAAAAGAGAACACAGUGAUAGUGAAGAAGAAUGGAUUGGUCCAUUACCGUCAGAAGCUGCGCCUGUGAAGAAAAAACGAGUUUUGGAAUACGAGAGGGUUUAUGUUGACAACCUGCCAUGCAGUGAAACUUACGAAAAAAGUUAUAUGCACAAAGAUGUUAUUACUCACGUUUUGUUGACAAACAGAACGAAUUUUGUGAUAACUGGUAGUUGUGAUGGUAGUAUUAAAUUUUGGAAGAAACAAGAAGAACUGAUAGAAUUUGUAAAACAUUAUCGUGCUCACUAUAGGUCGAACAUUGUCGCAUUAUGUUCAAGCAGUAAUGGAGUUCACGCCUGUACAAUUAGUAAUGACAAAACAAUGAAAGUCUUUGACGUAAUUAAUUUUGACAUGAUUAAUAUAUUAAAUUUAAACUACAUACCUUCAUGCGCUGAGUGGAUUUAUUCCGAUGGCGAUGCUAUUCCUGCAGUUGCAGUAGCUGAUCAGGAUUCAAAUAAAAUUUACGUUUACGAUGCAGUGGGAAAUUCGGAACCUUUGCAUAUUUUUGAGAAACUGCACACAAAACCAGUCGUAGCGUUAAAGUACAACGCAAUCUACGAAACAUGUAUAUCGGUUGACAAAGCUGGAAUAUUGGAGUAUUGGACAGGACCAAAAUUGGAGUACAAAUUUCCAAAGUGUGUUAAAUUCGACUCGAAAUUAGAUACGGAUUUAUUUGAAUUUGCCAAGAAUAAAACAUACCCCUGUGGUUUGGCAAUAUCUCCAGAUGGAAAGAAAUUCGCCUCGCUCAAUCGCGAUAGACGUGUGAGAAUAUUUCAUUUUCUCACCGGUAAAUUGUAUCGUGUAUUUGACGAGAGUCUUCAAAGAUACACGGAACUUCAGCAAACAACACUGCAAUUACCGAACAUGGAAUUCGGUCGUAGAAUGGCUGUUGAGAGGGAGUUGGACAAAACAGAAGCGAAUCUCGGGAACAUUGUAUUCGACGAAUCUGGCUAUAUCGUUCUUUACAGUACAAUGCUUGGAAUUAAACUCGUAAAUAUUUACACCAAUCGAUGUAUUAGGGUUUUGGCGAAACCGGAGAAUAUUCGUCCUAUGCACUUGGCACUUUUUCAAGGAAGAGCAAAAAAACCAGCGGGCGCUGUAAGUGUAGAAAUGGAAGCAUCGGAAAAUUCCACAUUAGAAUUGAAUAAAGCAGAUCCAACGCUAUUUUGUACGGCUUUGAAAAAAAGUCGUUUCUAUCUAUUUACAAGACGUGAGCCCGAGGACACAAAGAGUCAAGAUUGUGAUCGUGAUGUGUUCAAUGAAAAACCAUCGAAGGAGGAUAUUAUUUCAGCGACAGAGGCCACGAAUAUGCAAAGAAUUUAUGACAAUGCAAUUGUUCAUACAACAAUGGGCGAUAUUCAUUUGAAUUUCUUCAGUAAAGAUGUGCCUAAGACUGUUGAAAAUUUUUGUGUACACUCGAAAAAUGGUUACUACAAUAAUCACAUAUUUCAUCGGGUCAUGAAGACAUUUAUGAUUCAAACCGGAGAUCCAACUGGGACGGGAACUGGUGGCGAGAGUAUAUGGGGCGGUGAAUUCGAAGAUGAAUUUAAACCACAUUUAAAGCACGAUAGACCCUAUACGCUUAGUAUGGCAAAUGCCGGACCCAAUACGAAUGGAAGUCAAUUUUUUAUCACACUCACGCCAACGUCGUGGUUGGAUAAUAAACACACGGUUUUUGGCAGAGUUGUCAAAGGAAUGGAAGUUGUACAGAAUAUUAGUCAAGUUAAAACAAAUCCGAAAACAGACAAACCUUAUGAUGACAUUAGAAUUGUCAGUAUUACUGUUAAAUAGAUUAUGUGAGUAAAAUUCAAUUUUUUAUUUAUACUGUAUCAUAAUUUUGAAUUUUCAUUUUCAACCAUCUGAACAUUGAAAUAAUAUUAAUUGUAAAUGAUUGAUUACUACUGCUAAUAGUAAGGAUAAAAUUUAUAAAUAAUUUUUACAAAA